AGAUGGUGUAAUCAUUCAAGCCACAUAAUAAUGGUCAAUGAUGAAAAGCUCAACAUUCAACUGAAAAUUUGUACAUUAUUAUCCGAAGAACCAGAGUGUCAACAACUCCGUCUAGAGUUUUCUCAUCACUUCCGUUCCUUCUUUUCCUUCACCUUCUCCGGCAACACGACACCAUCGUUCGGCAUAACAAAAGAUGGCCAGAGCCGUCGGCUUAGUUUAGUCACUUUCUUCUCCCGAACUCUGCAUUUCUUCCUCACACCACUUGGGCAGCCUAAAUACGUCUCCGAUUUCCUCGGUGGGAUUAUCCUAGGUCCUUCAGUUCUUGGACGCAACGAAACAUUCUCCGAAGCAAUGUUCUCAUUAAAAGGUCUAAUGGUGCUCGAUGUCUAUGAAAUGAUUGGCAUCAUCAUCUAUACCUUUUUAAUCGUGCUGCGGAUAGAUCUGACCAUGGUUAGAAGAAGAGGCGAACUAGCACUUGCCAUCGGCCUCGGAUCUUUCUUGUUCCCCUUGUUGAUCAAUGGAAUUAUGGCUAAGUUACUAAAGAGAAGCACUAAAAUGGACAACAAGCUUCAAGAUUCGGUAGUCUUGCUGGGAACGCUUGCAUCCAUGAUCAACUACGAUGCUUCCUCCAGCAUUCUCAGAGAUCUCAAGCUUGUUAAUUCACAAAUCGGGCUCGUUAUUCUCCCUUCUGCAAUGAUCAGUAGCCCGUGCACCUGGAUAUACGAUUUAAUGUUGAGAAACCUAAGUGACGCACAAGAAGGUGUUACACAUGUAAUAAUAGCAACUUCAUUGUGCAGAGUACUCUUGAUACUAGUUAUCAUUUUUGCGAUCCGUCCUAUGAUGUUCUGGAUGAUCAGACAAACCCCAGAAGAUAAAACCUUGAAGGAAUCAUAUGUUUGUGCAAUCGCAGUCAUGAUUCUUGGAAUUUCUAUUUAUAGUGAAGUAACCGAGAUUCAUCCAACGUUUUCCUCUAUUGUCUUUGGCUUAGCUGUGCCUGGAGGACCACCAUUGGCCUAAGGCUCGUAGACAAGCUUGAAUCUUUUAUUUCAGCAGUGCUCUUGCCCUAAUUUAUGGCAAAUGUGGGUCAGAAGGUUGAUGUCUACCUCAUUAGGCUGAGUACUUUCGCGAUCGUGGAGCUUCUUAUCAUCCUUGCUUGCUUAGGAAAAAUCAUUGGGGGUAUGAUCCAUUCAC